AUACGCACUUUGGUUUUGGUGCUGCCAGCCCAACUGUCAAAACCUGCUGUGUAGCGUUGAGCAAUAGGGAUCGACCGAGCAGCCAAAUACACACAGAUUGGUCGGAGACUGUUCCUUUACUUUUCAGCGAAACCCGCCUGCCUGGAAUCGAAUAAACGAGAGCCAUGCUGCGUUGGCCGAUAGCCCGCGUUCUGGCCGCCAGGGCUGCCGCCUGCCCGACCGGUGUGCGUGCGAGCAGCAGUGCACCGGCUAAGGUGCCGGACAAGGUGGAGGUGUACAUCGAUGACCAGCUGGUGAUGGUGGAACCGGGCACCACCGUGCUACAGGCUGCGGCGCAGAUUGGCGUCGAAAUUCCACGGUUCUGCUACCACGAACGGUUGGCCGUGGCCGGCAACUGUCGCAUGUGCCUGGUGGAGGUCGAAAAGUCACCGAAACCGGUGGCGGCUUGCGCGAUGCCGGUCAUGAAGGGAUGGCGCAUCAAAACCAACUCGGAGAUGACACGCAAGGCACGCGAGGGCGUGAUGGAGUUUCUGCUGAUGAACCACCCGCUCGACUGCCCGAUCUGCGACCAGGGUGGCGAGUGCGAUCUGCAGGACCAGGCGAUGGCGUUCGGGUCCGACCGGUCGCGCUUCACCGAUAUCCACCACACGGGCAAGCGCGCCGUCGAGGACAAAGACAUUGGGCCGCUGAUCAAAACGAUUAUGACACGGUGCAUUCACUGCACGCGUUGCAUCCGGUUCGCGUCGGAAGUCGCGGGAGUGGAUGAUCUCGGCACGACCGGCCGCGGUAACGACAUGCAGAUCGGCACCUACGUGGAGAAGUUCUUCCUUUCCGAGCUGUCCGGCAACGUGAUCGAUCUGUGCCCGGUCGGGGCACUCACCAACAAGCCGUACAGCUUCGUGGCGCGCCCGUGGGAGAUCCGCAAGGUCGAGUCGAUCGACGUGCUCGAUGCGCUCGGUAGCAACAUCGUGGUGAGCACUAGGACGGGCGAGGUGUUGCGUAUAUUACCGCGCGAAAACGAUGCCAUCAACGAAGAGUGGUUGUCGGACAAGUCGCGGUUCGCCUGCGACGGGCUGAAGCGCCAGCGGCUGAUUGCCCCGAUGCUGCGCAACCCCAGCGGCGAGCUGGAGGCGGUCGAGUGGGAAUCGGCCCUGAUUACCGUGGCGCAGGCGAUGCGCGGUGCACCGAAGGGCAAAAUUGCGGCCGUCGCCGGUGGCCUGGCCGAUGCGGAAGCGUUGAUCGCCCUCAAGGAUCUGCUGAAUCGGCUCGGCUCGGAAACGCUCUGCACCGAGCAAAAGUUCCCGGCUGGCGGACCCGGCACCGACUUCCGCUCCAGCUAUCUGCUGAACUCGUCCAUUGCGGCCUGCGAGGAAGCGGACCUGGUGCUGCUCGUCGGUACCAAUCCGCGCUACGAGGCACCGCUCCUGAACACCCGGCUGCGCAAGGGAUACAUCCACAACGAGCAAAACAUUGGCCUGAUUGGGCCGAAGGUGGACCUUUCCUACGAAUACGAGCACCUGGGAAGCGACACGUCCGCCAUACGCGACAUUGCCAACGGUUUGCAUCCGUUCGCAAAGAAGCUGCAGGAGGCCAAGAAACCAUUGAUCAUUGUGGGCGCCAACCAGCUCGCCCGUAAGGACGGUCUCUCGUUCCUCACCGCACUGCAAGUGUUUGCCAACAAAUUGGCACCGGCUGACAAAAACUGGAAGGUAUGGAACGUGCUGCAAACGAAUGCGGCCCAAACGGCAGCCCUGGACGUGGGCUACCACGCCGGUGUCGAAGCGGCCCUGGAAUCGAAACCGAAGGUGCUUUUCCUGCUCGGUGCCGAUGCGGGUGUGAUCAAGCGUGAGCAGCUCCCGGCCGAUUGUUUCGUGGUCUACCAGGGUCACCACGGUGACGCGGGAGCGAACCUGGCGCACGCCAUCCUGCCCGGUGCCGCGUACACCGAGAAGCAGGGCACGUACGUGAACACAGAGGGCCGCGCCCAGCAGACGAUGGUUGCCGUAACCCCGCCCGGACUGGCACGCGAAGACUGGAAGAUUUUGCGCGCGCUGUCGGAGGUGACCGGUUCGCCGCUGCCGUACGACAACCUGGACGAGCUGCGUGCUCGGCUGGAGGAUGUCGCACCGCACCUGGUGCGGUUCGGGCGUCGCGAGGCCAACAACUUCUUCGCCAUCGCCGAGAAGCUGCUGGCGUCCGGUACGAUCCACUUCGAGGGAGGCCGCGUUGAUGUGCCGCAGCAGCAGCUGGCCGACUUCUUUAUGACCGAUCCGAUCACGCGCGCUUCGCCCACGAUGGCCAAGUGUGUGGUGGCGGCCAAGAAGCAGGCCGCGUCCCGUCUCGGGGCCACCAACUAAAAUCCGCUUUAUCCCGAUAACAGAGAGCCUCGCCCCCGGGAGAGUCUCCAAGUGGUGUACCGAGGGCGGGAGCUUUUGAGACGUUUGUCCUCCUCUUGUUAUGUUCGUUCUACCUUUGAAUUUGGCAAACAUUAUCACCCCUUUUCCAAUCCCCAAAACCAGUGGGACAGUUCGCAGGCGCCAUGGUUGAGGCAGGCCAGCAGCAAUGAACAUUAACUAAAUUCACAAUUUCUUCUCGAGCCUCGCCUCGGGUUAGACCGGUAACCGAUAAAUUAAACCGAUUGUUGCAAUCGCUGUAAAUUAGUCGUAACUGUGUUGCAGAUGAGCAGUAAACAAAAGAAAAACGCAAUAAAAAUGAAUUAAAACUAAA